GGUGACGGCUAAAUUGCUUCUCGGGGCUCGGCCCUCUGGAGGAACGCCGCACCUGGGAGGCCUCCGCCCGCCAAUCAGAAGAAGCGGUGUUCAGUCCUGUCCAAUGGGGAAGGGUUCAGGGUCCGCACCGCGGAGUUUGUUUUGCGGACGUGUCGCGGAAACGGUGAGCGGAUUUUCCAUAGAGCGGCUUCGUGCCCGGAGGCCCGGUAGGUACUGGCGCUGGCGGCUCGGCUAUUGGCCUGGGUGGACCCGGUCUGCGGGCAGCGCUUCUGGAGCAGCAGCAGCGGACGCUGAAGCCCGCUUCCACGACGCCCUUCCGGUGCUCCGGGAGGAAGUAUACAACAUUUGGAGGUCCCACCGAGAUCUCCAAGACCCCGAGGUUGGAACUGCCAGGGGAAGGCCUCCAAGAGAUGUUCCUCUGCCUCUGGCCUUCUACUUUCAGAGUCACUUGCUGCGCCACAAGAGGUACCAAUUGACAAUGUUUCCCUGAACCUGUUUCAUCGAUGUCUCUCAUAUUGAAUAUCUUAAGAAACAUGCUGGCAUAUUUUGGUGUUCCCAUAGACCAGGUUUUGCUGAUUUGGCAAAAUAAAGACUAUGGUUCAGCUCGGAGCAUCAUUCGCAUUAUUGGGAAAAUGCUUCCCUUAGAACCUUGUCGAAGACCUAAUUUUGAGUUGAUCCUGCACUUGAACUCUGUGGAGUCUGAUAAUCGUGGAUCUAUGGUUCCAUCUUUUGCUGAUAUUUUGUUUGUGGCAAAUGAUGAAGAAGCCAGUUACUCCCGAUUUCGAAAUUGUAUAUGGAAAAAUGAAGAGGAAGAAAAAAUUGAUAUUUUCCACCCUUCAAAACUCAUUCCAUUGUCACCUGCUCUAAGACAGCACAAAGCAGUGAAAUAUGAUCUUCCAGUAAGUGAGGCUGCAAUUAAAAAAAUAGCAGCCCUUGAAGAUGAGCUAACUUUUCUUCGGUCUCAGAUUGCUACUAUUGUGGAAAUGCAGGAACUGAGAAAUGGUGCAAAGUCUGGUUUCUUUGACUUGAAUGAGGAACCCAAUCUGGAACAAAUGCCAUCAUCCUUGGGGACUACUCUGCAGAGUGCAGGACCAGAUCACUUUCCAAGUGCAGUACUUUGUCCUCCUCCUCCCCCGCCACUUCCUCAGUUUUCUUCUCCUCAGCCUACAUUUGUUCCUUCUCUGACAGAGCCAGGAUCUGCUAAUCCUUGUGACUUAGAUAAGCCAGCAACUGAAAUGGAAGAGCAGCUCUCAGGUGUUGAUAAGAUUAUAUCUAGCCAUUCAAAAACCCAGAGCAGUAAUGAUGUUUCAAACAUGUUGGAUGUUCUGAAGGACAUGAAUAAGGUCAAGCUUCGUGCUGUUGAAAGGUCACCGGGUGGUAGACCCAUUCACAUGAGGAAAAGACAGAGUUCACAUUGGGAUCCAGUGUCUUUAAUAUCAAAUGCACUUAAGCAGAAAUUUGCAUUUCAAGAAGAUGAUUCCUUUGACAAAGAAAAUAGAUCAUGGGAGCCUUCUCCAUUUUCUAGUCCAGAAACGUCAAGGUUUUGAUAUCCCAUUUCCCCAUCAGAAGGACAACAGUCUGAAGGAAGAAUUGAUGAUACAAAAGCUGUUGGCAUCAGAGAUGAAAGUUGUGCCUACACUUGGAAGGACAGAUCAGAAAUGUGCUGUUGUAUCUCUCACUGCCGUUCAGAGACUCAUACCAUCUCUAUUAGGGUGACUAAGCCAUAUCCUGGGACCUGCUAGUGCUAAGCCUGAAGAAGACAGUUAAGAACUUGUCUCUGAUUUUGGAAGAUCUUGCUGUUAACUGGCUAUUGAAGAAAGCUGGGUUCUAGAUUUCCCCUAAUACAUUAGUGUUACUGAAAGCUAAUACAGACUUCAAUGAUUUUCAGUAAUAA